ACGGGUCCCCCAAGGGCGAGAGGAAGGCUUGGAGUCCAACAAAAAGAGAAAGGGGAGUAUGCGUGUGUGCGUGUACGCGUGUGCGUGUCACCCACAGCUCGAGUGGACUCCGGCGGAACACCAGCCAGUCACUGUCUGGUAAACGAGCGCGUGAGUCAGGGGAUACGUGUGCACGUGUGCGGCCAAGCGUGUAUUUGUGUGGUGGGAGGAUAGGAAAGCGGCGCACACACACACACACACACACGCUUAUCAUUCGCUCGCAACAUGGCGUUGAAGCGCCGAGAGACACGACAGCUCUGCCCCGACUAAUGCGGUGGUUCUGCGCGGAAAGCCCGGGGACCGCUGCCCGAGAGAGACCCCAAGCCUCCACAGAGACUCCGUUACGCACCGCCGUGGACAAUAACGGAUUCCAGCGUGUGCGUGUCGCCGUGUGGGCUCGAAACUACGGUGUAUGUGAUUGUAUACAUGCGCACGCUUCUGCCCCGCUGGUGGAAAUCAAAGGCUGUACAUGGCGGUGGAGAGCAUUAUUUGGCUGUUCUGUCUUCUUUCGCUGUAUUGGGGUCCAACCAAGCAAGAAAAGCCUGUUUCAGUGGAACUGAGCUGUGGUGCUGGGCCCAGCCAUGUGGUUCUGGAGCUUUUGCCACUUUUGCUGGACUGCAACCUGGGGUCCAGCGACACUCCUUUCAAUGUCACCUGGUUCAAGGAUGGCCAGCUCCUGCCUGCGGCGCCGGGAGAUCGCCUGCGGUAUUUGACCAAUGGAUCCCUCCUGUUGUCGCCCACCGGCCAGCCUCCCCAGAACGUAGAGGGCAGUUACAGCUGUGUGAGUGCCAGCGCCAUCGGAGCCCUGACCAGCCGGACUGUCAACGUGCUGCUUGCAAGUCUGUCCAGCUUCUAUGAGGAGCCGUCACCACAAACGGUGACCGCUGGGGGUUCUGCUCGGUUCGAGUGCCAGAUUGAAGGAAUACCCACACCUGUCAUAACAUGGCAAAAAGACAAAGUGACUGUCACUGACGAGACAAGCAACAGGUUCAUUUCUCUUCCUAAUGGGGUGCUGCAGAUUCUGAAGGUGACUAAAGAAGAUGAGGGCCUCUAUCGCUGCGUGGCAUCCAAUUCUGAAAGGAAGAAUAUCAGCAGCGAAGCUAGACUCACUGUCACGACAGGCUCCAUUGACAGUCCAAGCCCAGUUGUGAUUGUAGCGCCACCCCAGAAUGCCACGGUGGUGCUCGGCCAUCCUGCCGUGAUGGAGUGUGUGGCACACGGCCAGCCAAAACCAUUGGUGUCAUGGAGCAGACAAGACGGAAAGCCCAUUUCCAGAGACGUGAUUGUCCUUGCCACAAACCUGGUGAUUAGAGACACGAGGCGUCACCAUGCCGGCGUCUACGUCUGCCGAGCCAACAAGCCCAAAACUAGAGAGUUUGUCUUUGCUGCUGCCGAGUUGCACAUUGCCGCCCCUCCAGUGAUUGUACAGCCCCCGGAGUCUGUGUCCCUCUCCCGGGGGAACACCGCCAGGUUUCUAUGCAACAGCUCUGGGGAACCUUUCCCAGUGCUGCACUGGCUGAAGAACGGCCAACCCAUUAGAUCCUUCAGGCGGGUGAAGGUGCAAAGCCCUGGGGUCCUGCUCAUCAACCAGCUGGCUCAGGAGGACGCAGGUUACUAUCAGUGCAUCGCUGAGAACGUGCUCGGGACGGCCUGCGCCACUGCCAGGCUGACGGUCAUCGUGAAGGAAGGUCUCCCCAGCCUCCCUCGCCGCCUGACUGCUACGCCGUACUCCAGCACAACGGCCCUGCUCUCCUGGGAGAAACCCGAAUACAACACGGACCAAAUCAUCGCCUACUCCGUGCACUACCAACUCACUGCAGGGUCAGAUAAUCAGGACUCUUCAUUCGCAGUCAGCAACAACACCACAGAGUAUCUCGUCAAAGAGCUCCUCCCCCACACUGCCUACACUUUCUUUGUGGUGGCUUAUUCGCCCAUGGGAGCCAGUCCUCCAUCGCUGCCUAUAACCAUAGAGAUGCUUGAGGAUGUUCCGAGUGCACCUCCUCCGCUGUCCGUCGCCAGCGCGUCCCCCACUGACAUCAGGCUGACGUGGCAGCCGCUGACUUCACAGCACAGCCGUGGGGCCGUUACCCGCUACCGCAUUGAUUACAGCGCGCUGGAUCAGAAGGACACUGUGUUCUCGGUGGAGCUGAGGGGCAACGAGACUCAGUUCACGCUCAGGGAGCUGCGCCCAAACCAGGUCUACCGACUGAGGAUAGCUGCCGGAACCGCGGUGGGCUUCGGCGUUCCGUCUGAAUGGGUCGAGCAGCAGACGAUAGUUCGCAAUGGCCCCAGUGACAACAGCACAGUUAUAUUUGCUCCUUCUGAGCUGAAGGUCAGAACCAGAGUGACCACUCUUAAUGUGACAUGGCAACCCUCACCAAAUCACACGCUGGUUUCUGGCUACAAGCUCUCCUAUCGAGAAGCGGAAACUGAUGAGUUCUCCAUCACAGACAGAACGUCGCAGGUGCACACCAUCAGGCUUCGGAAGAAGGCGAGGCAUCACCUGCUGACGGGGCUCGCUCCUGACCGGCAGUAUGAGGUGAGGGUCUGGGCAUUUGACAAGCAAAAGGACGGAGCAGCUGCAGUGUGGAAGGGAAGGACGGAUAAGCUCCACGGUAGACACUCUGGGCCGUCCUCGUCCCCUCCGUUGCCCCCUGGCAGCAUCCAAGCUACGGCCAACAGCUCCACCUCCAUCUGGCUCCGUUGGGAGAAACCUCGGUUCAUCAAUGUGCGCAUCAUCAACUACACAGUGCGCUGCAGCCCAGCAGGAACCACCAACGCCUCUCUUGUCUCUUAUUACAGCAGUUCGUCUUUGGAGAUUCUGCUCAGGGGACUGAGGCCCUUCACCCACUAUGAGCUGGCAGUGCGGUCCAAUGGAGCGAACGCUGCAGGGCCCUUCAGCGGCACCGUGGUGGAGGCCACCCUGCCUGACCGCCCGUCCACACCACCUGAGGAGCUGCAGCUGAGAGCUCUGAACUCCUCGUCUGUGCUGGUGAGUUGGCGCCCUCCGCUGGAGCCAAAUGGCAUCAUCGUCUGCUACAAGGUUUUGUACACCGUCAACCAGAGCGAGCCUGAAGACGAGUGGAGGAAUCUCUCCGAGGGCGGGGGCAUCUUUAGUGUGGAGGUCCACGGUUUGUCAGGGGGAACCCGGUACUUCUUUAAAGUGGGAGCUUCCACAAAAGUGGGAUCAGGGCCUUUUUCACCCGUUUCGGAGGUUCAUACUCCCCUGCCCAAGUAUGAGCUGGACAUUCACACAGUCACAGGCAUCAUAGUCGGUGUUUGCUUGGGACUUAUUUGCAUCCUCCUCUGUAUGUGUUUCAGCUUUCGAAACAGCAAACCCAGAGAGCUGUCUGGAGGCCUGAGCUCCACAGCUGCGACUCCUCAGUGCAGGAAAGGCGGCUGCCCUGCUCCGGCCAGUGCGCCCGGGUGCAGCGACAGCCACGAACUGGAGACGCUGAUGCCUCCAGGCACCCAGGAGUCGGGUCAGCAGCCAACAAAAGACCCGGAGGAACAGAGUCUGAUGACUGCUUGGAACGGCUCUGUGAGUCAUAACUGGGUCAACAGGAUCACCCGAUACAGAGACACCAUAACAGAAGAGUCUCCGGCGCUGACUAACGGAGCGCUCAACAUGUUCAUUACUGCGACUGGCACGGAAACCGACGAUCAUCUCUCCGCGUCUCUGUGCAGUAACCAGGUGGAGGCAGAAGUCAUUGUACACUCUGAGUUGUCAGACCCCAGCGGGAGGGGGAAGGAGGAGGGCAGCGAGCGGGAUUCCAACGCCACCCGGGGGCCGUCGUUAUCAGGGGACGCGUAUUCCCCUCUCAGCCGGCCGGGUUCGCCGAGAGAAGAGGCGGGGCCCCUUGAAGACCUUUCAGCGGCUGAAAGUCCCCCGAGUCUUCCCGCGAGAACAUUGGCGGCUCGUCACAAUGAGGAGGCGGAAGGCGCCGGGCAGCAGCAGAACGCCGACAGGGAGCCACAGCUGGACACUUGUCUCACCAAUGGCUUCCACUCUCCUAAGACUCUGAGGCCCGUACUGAAAUCUGAGCAUGUGGAAGUGGAAGACUCCAGACCCUGCCCGUCUGCUGCAGGGAAGGCCAUCUCUGCCGGACUACCUUCCGCACCCUUUGUCACCCCCGGCUUCGUCCACUCUACCUCAGCUGCUCACAUAUAUCUGUGCCCUUAACUUCAUCUUCGCAGGGACAUUUCAGACUAUUAUCAUUAUUUUUUUAAUUUUCCAGGAAGAAUCCAUGAAGGGAAAAAAAUAUUUUUUAUGCACAUUGUCACUGGAUUUCUUUCUCUUCCUUGCAUAGUUUUAUAGAUACUUUGAAUCCAUCAUUUCACAUAUGUGUAUACCGUAUACAUGAGAAGAAGUGUUUUCUUUUUCUGCAGAGGUCCGGAACUGUUUGAAGUUCUACAUCCUUGUGGAUUCUUUCCACAUCACAAAAAGGAGACGGGAAAGUUUAGAUAUCAGCAGAGCAGAACCCGAGAGAACACCUUCUGCAAACCGGACAAAAUUGGUUCCAAUCAACUCGGCUAUGUUUGUGCAGCUGAAGUUUUUGUUUAUGCUGCUGUGGCUUCGAAGCUAUUAAUGAAAGUUUAAAGGUCAACCGGCUCCCCCUCUGACCUACUUUCACUAAAUCAAAAUGAAAUGAAACUUUCAUUAAUCUCUUCGAAGCCAAACCAGCACAAAUGUAGUCAAGUCGACUGACACAAUUUGAAGAAAGGGGCUGGAGAGGCGCUGGUUGACCUUUCAUGACCCCUGGGAACAUUUCUCAGUGUCUUUGAAAUGGUAUCGGCACGAGCGAAGAUGUUUUGCUGCACAAACAUUUCACACCAAAUUUGCCUGAUUUGACAAGAGGCUGUGGGGCAACCUGACUCAGGUCAGAGCAGGAGGGAGUGAAUUACAGAUGGGCUCCUCCUAUUGGUGGUGUUUAGUACGUCACAACAGGAAGUGAUGGAGUAAUCGGACGGGGUUUCAUCAGGGUGGGUUGCUUUAUCGAUACCCCCUCAAAGUGGCAUUGAGAAAUGACCUUAAAGAGUAUUCACGAAUGUCAGAGUGCAGAACACCCACAUCCUGCAGUCUCAGGGUCCAAACACUCACACAGGGAUUCCAGUCCAGCGUACCGAAUACAAACAUUUCCUGAGUGGAGGGUCUCGGGUGCCUCUGUAACCUCUGUAUAUUUUCUAUUCAAUGCGAGUACAAACCAUGUCAAGAGUGAAGUGAACAAGGUUCGGUAGAUGUGGGGCCACGUGUCCGUCUCGCAUUAAAAUCAAGAGUACCUCAAUGUAGACCUGGGCUGCAUUAAGCUGGAGGGAAAACAAAACGGGAGGGUUUUACAGCAACCCAUCUGCAGGCCACUCUCCUGAUUUAGCUCGGCAGGGAUGCACCUCUGUCCACACCGAUGUCAGAACACUGUCACACAAAAAUUGAAACUCUUCCAACGAGCCUGUUUGGUAGCUCAAAAAGUGUUUGCCCCCUUACAGAUUUGUUUUUCGGUUUGUUUGGGGUAUUUUUGUGUCAAAGUUAAAUGUUUCAGAUGAUCAAACUAAUUUUAACAUCUCACAAACAUAAUCAAAGUAAAUACAAAAGGCUUUUUUAAAAAAAAAUUUAAGUUGAUGAAUAAAAGUUUAGUGAAAGUCAAUUUAGCUCUUUUGGAGGGUAUUCGAGUACGAACGGCGCGUUUUGAGGUCACACCACAGCAGGAUCUGUGAAUACGACACGUGUGAUGUCACUUAGCCGAAUGCUGUUUCAGCUUUGUGUCAGACUUACUGGGAAGCAGAACUUUCCAGAGUUUUUCAUCUGUUCCAAAAGGCUUUUUUUGUUGUUGUUUCUCUUAUUUUCUGAGAGUGGGGGUGAGGUUGUAAGUUUGAAUUCCUUUUGGUCAGCAGUGGUUUUGGAUGCGGAACUCUUGCAUGAAUUCAAAUUUCACCUGGUUUUUCUUAUUGUUGGAGGACAAAGAUUGACCUCAGCUCCUGGGGACGUUUGCCACCGUUUCAUGCUCUGUCCAUGUUGUGGAUAACAGCUUUGACUUUGGUACAAAAAGCCUGAGAAAUCCAACCAGACUGAUGGUUGUCAAUAACUUUGUAAUCUGUGCUGGAAUUUAUUCGGGCAGGAUUUGUUUUUAAAAGCAUUUAUCCUACUUCAUGUUGUGGGACAGGUUCUGUUUGACUGAUCUUUUGAUUCUACAGUUCUAGCUAUAAUUUGCCCUUUCACUUAAAGGCCAGUUAAUUCAUAGUAAUAAUAAUAACAAUCAUACUUCAACAGUAAGUGUUGGACAGUGCAUUGAGCUUUUUGGGGAAUUCAAAGACACUUAACUCACGACUUAAUAAGGGGGACGGGUUGUAUUGGAUAACUGUCCCCCUCUGAAUAAAAGGAUUUGUCAUUUGAAAACUCCUCUUUAGAUUUGUGCCAUUGAUUUGGUGAUCUGAAACAUGCAAGACUGACAAAAAGGUAAGAAAAAAAAAGACAUCUACAAGGGAGCAAAUAUUUAUUUAGAGCAAAAUCUAUGGAAAAAUGGCCCCAGUUUUUGUACUUGUGUUCAUGUGAUUUUGAAUAAAAAACAUAAACAUGUUGGAGAUAUUUCUUGUAUUUUUGGCCCGAUCCGUUUCGAUGUCAUUAAUGGUUGGAGCAGUGUUCACAUGGACUGGUGCAUCCCUCUAUUUUUUUUUUGUCUCAACAUCACUACCUCAUUUCUUUUCAGAAGGGUUGUUCUAUUCAUUUUACCCUAACACCUGCGUCUUUAUACGACAAUUUUUCUAAACUCGUCCGACGUUCGGCGCAAGCUCGAGGUGUUAUAUCAAAAACAAGGAAUGUAUGUCCAUUUGCCAUUUGUGUGAAAGUCCCGUUGCAUUUUUCUGUGCUCGACCAAAAGCCUUCGCCCUCGGUGGCCGCUUCGUCAAAUCUGAAUGUUUGCUUGAGAUGUUUCAGUGGAUGUGGGCCUGAGGCCUUUAUGGGUUUUUGACAGUUCUGCAGCUCAAUAGUUGCAGCUGGUGUCAUUGUUCUGUAACAACUUUCAGCUGCUGCUUCAGUUCUGCCCUUUAUUAUAAAUAGACUUUCUUAAGGCUAGUAACUCUUAUGAUUUGAGAGAUUUUUUUUUUACUUGUGAUGGAAAGAAGGUAAAAACCUUGGUUUGUAAAUAGACAUCACAACUUACCAUCUGUGAUUCUUGUAUGCUAGCAAUACGUCGAUAUCCUUUUUUUUUUUUUUUUGUAACCCAAGUUGUUUAGUAACAGGACCGACCUUCUAAAUUAAAGUUUGGAAAUGUGCAACAGUCCACACAGGUCCUUACAAAAAUAUUAUUGCACCUUUUCACUUUUUGACACUUUAUAGCAGCACACUUCAGUGUGUUUACCUGGGAAAGUAAAUGAGCGGCCAACACCAGCGUGUUACAUAAAUUAAGACAAAUGAUUAAAAAGUUGUUUUGCUUUUUUUUGCAACAAAAUGUGAAAAAUAUGGCAUGUGUUCACAUUCAGUCCCCUUUAAUCUGACACAGCGAAAUAAAGUAUACUUGUGGUGUUCCACAAGGAUGGUCCUGGGA